GCUAGAGGCGGAGGAGCGCGGCGCCUGGCAGGCAAGCUUAGGGGCAGCCUGGAGGAGACCGGUGGGCGCGGCACAGGUCUCCCAGGAAAUGCUUUACUCAUGAAGAAAGAACAUAACAGUUUCGCCCAUUGUGGAAAGCCCAGAUGUCUUGGUAUUUUGGGGAUUGUUUUUCAAGGAAAUGGAGUGUUGCAGCUGCACAGCCACUUGGCACAGUAAGACACACUGUCAGGACAGGGGGAAUGUUAGUGUUCACGUGAGUUAUCACCCUUCCCCACAUAGCCUGGCUCCACACAUCAGAGACGACACCCCCAAGAGAGGCCUCCUUCUUCACAGUCUGAGAUGGCAUCUGUGGACUUCAAGACCUAUGUGGACCAGGCCUGCAGAGCAGCUGAGGAGUUUGUCAACGUCUACUACACUACCAUGGAUAAGCGCCGGCGCCUGCUGUCCCGCCUCUACAUGGGCACAGCCACUUUGGUGUGGAAUGGAAAUGCCGUUUCUGGACAGGAGUCUCUGAGUGAGUUCUUUGAAAUGCUGCCCUCCAGCGAGUUUCAGAUCAAUGUGGUCGACUGCCAGCCUGUCCAUGAUGAGGCCACACCGAGCCAGACCACAGUCCUUGUUGUCAUCUGUGGGUCAGUGAAGUUUGAGGGCAACAAACAGCGAGACUUCAACCAGAAUUUCAUCCUCACUGCUCAGGCCUCCCCCAACAACACAGUGUGGAAGAUCGCAAGUGACUGUUUCCGGUUCCAGGACUGGGCCAUCUAGUGAGAUGAGAAGGGCCUGUGCUGCAGCUGCAGCUCUGUGAAGGGCGCUGUCUCAGCUCUCAGUAUGUGGGGACACAAGCUCUUUUCUGUUGUUGCCACAGUGCCACAGAUCACACUAUGCUGAGGCCGAAGUUCCUACAUUUGUUUUCACCCCAGGUGCCCCAUUCCUGAAUAUAUACUUGUUUGUUAUAGUUGCCUUUUAAAAGUAGUAAACUUUUCUAUUUUUCUAUUUGCCUAGUAGAGACAGUGAAAAUUUGGAAAAUAAAAAGUUAAUGCUAGUUGCUUCCCUUCCUAUGCCUGAAGUAGUACCCUACUAGAUCUUGAACUGGAGGAGGAUUAAAGAUGGAGGGAGGCACCUACAAGGCGCAUGGGUCCUGGGCUGCAUUCCCCCCACCAGUGCUGUGUGCACUCAGGUAACCUGGAACUGGGGACCAGAACCCCCACCUGGUGCACCAGAGUCCUAAGGCAGGGUUGCCUGUCUUGACCCAUGGAUCACUUUCCCUUACCUGGGAAUCACUGAGCUGGUGGCUGGGUCCCCACUUUGCAUCUGAGAAGAGUGUUGAAAGAUGAGAGCAGACAAACUACAGAGAUAGUAACUGCUUUUACAGGAGCAGCUGCCUUAAACUCAGAGAGUGAGACUGCUGUUUCAGGGAACUCCCAGUUCAGUGGCAUCAGAACUACUGACCAAGCUAACCCUGAUUGCAAAAAAUCCUGCAGAAGUACUCUCACUCCUUGACUAGUGAGUGACAUCUCAUGUGGUAAGAGUUGGCUGGGCUUGGGAUAGGGUCACAGACACUGGAAUGGGAAUGUACUGGAGAGAAGAAACUCCUGGUGUGUAGUGGCACAGACAGCAGGAUCUUUCUUAUCCCCCCUCCCUUCUCAGAGCACCAAGUCCUGAAACCCAGUGCUUAGAGGGACAAGGGACAUCUUGAAAGGUGUCUUCAUCUUGCAGCCAGUUUGCCAUGUUGAUGAAUUCUGGCAGCUCCAUCUCAGGACAGAUCAGCCAUACCCUACAGGUAGAGUCGCUUUGAGCUAGGAGCCUGGGUCCCAACACAGCCCCAGUUCACAUCCCCCAAGAAUGCUUUCUAAGAGAAUGACUCUGUCACAAGCCGUCCUCAUGGGGUUCACAUUGUGAACACAGCACUGAUGUUAAGAGGAAAGCACUUGCCACAGGGUUUACUGGUUUAUUGUAUAGUGGCUCUGCCAUGUCACCUGGGGAACCAGACUUGGCUCUACUCUGAAACAAGGUGGCUGAUGUGACGAGUGCAGACCAAUGCAGACAUUGCUGGAGAACUGCCCCAUGUUUGGGCUGCUCUGAGUAUGUCUAGCUUCCACUGCUUGAUGUUUACACAGUUGGCUGAGAACACUUUUCACAACAUACCUCUGUCAUUAAACCGUGCAUGACUGCAGCCUCAAAGCCACAUGUGAAGAGCAAUCAGACAGGUUGCACAGCUUGUGCCUAACUAGCCAAGACAAGCUUUGCGGCUGAGACAUUGGUGAGACCUGGGAGGUAGGAACAAACACCAGAGCCAAGCCUCCGAGAGGGUUGGCUGAGAAGCUGGAGCCCCAAAUGGAUACAGCCCACAGGAGACAGGAAGGAGAGAGGCCCUGCCUCUAGGGAGCCCAGAACUGCACAGGAAUCCUCGCAGCUUGGGUCAGAGAGGCUGGAGAAUCUUCAGACAGCAGGCCCCUUAACACGACGAGCUCCACACUAGGUUCAGUGGACAUGUCCCAGUCUGGAACAGGAGCAGGAUGCUGGCCACCUGUCUCCCUGUCAGCCCUUCACAGGGUAAGGCAGCAGUGACCCUCCCCAUCCUGUCCUCUCUUGUCCCAACCUAGGAAGGCAGGAUGAAGAGGAUCCCAGCCAAGCUCACACAUGGCACCCUUAUGCAAUCCUGGACACACUGGACUAAGCACCCAGUGGCUGCAAGCAAAGUGUUGUGAGGGCGAAAUCUACCACCCCUGCUGCCUGUCCUGGGACAGAGACCACAGCUGGCUGGGGGAGGACACCAGCAGGUGUGAGAGGGCUCCUGGCAAAGUAGGGCAGGUGAGGCUUGGGGACCCAGAAGGAACCCCAGUUUGACCCCAGGAUUCUACCUACCUCCAUUCUUUCCAAGGUUUCAGGACCUUCAGGCAAAGGUUUCUAGGAGGGUGGAAAUGAGAUUCUGAAUGUAGAAGUUUUCGUCCCUUUCUUCACUCCCUGCCUGCACAUCCUUGAGCUUAGUGCUAUGGAUGACCUGCAGCCUGAUGAACUGAAGGAAGGGAGCCUGGUUCACAAAUCUGCCUUGUAAAAUUAAUAGUUGAGUAUUGCAGAAGCAGGUUGGAGAUUUAGCUCAGUGGUUCCACUGCCUGCCUCACAAGUGCAAGGUCCUGAGUCUGAUCCCAGUACCACCCCCCAAAAAAGUUGCAGAAUAAAAAAACAGAUUCUUCAUCUAGAUUUGCCUUUAAUGAAAUUAUCCUAAAGCAAGUUGAAGAUUUCACUGGCUAAAGAGUGGCCAUAAACACCCACCCUGUCUACUAUGACCCAACUCACAAGCCCCACAGAGUCAGAGAAUGAGAAGGGAGGUGUGCUGCAUUCUCAGUGUCUGCUGCCCCAGUCACUCCCACUUCUGGUCCCUCUGCAUGGCACAGCAAGGUCUAUGUGUUCUCUGGCUUGGGUCUGGUGAGGUGAAACUAGUAGAGCAGGGUGGGCGGGGAGAGUAGACAGAGGGAAGGCUGAUGAGCAGGUGGUGGAGGAAGCCCUGAAAGGCAGGGGGUGGGGUGAAGGUGACAGACAUUGAGCAGUCUCCAUCACUGCUGAGAUAGGACAGCCAGAUACCUGCCCAGUGCCACCCCACUACAUCUUAAGGCUGCUGUUGGUAUUAGGGUUUGGUUUGGUUUUCUUUGAGAUAGGGUCUCUGUGUUGCACAGACUGGUAUCCAAUUCCUGGGCUCAGGUGAUCCUCCUGCCUCAACCUCCUGAGUAGCUGGGACUUCGGGUGUGUACCACUGUGCUCACGAUGCUGCUAAUAUUAGAGCAGAGCCCUCUGGACCUUCGCUGGAGUAGAAAAUCCAGCACUCCCCUUGGAUUUUCAUCCUGCAGACCCUUGCCAACCACGAACACAACACCUUUAAAGGGCCAGAUGAGUUCAUUCACGUGGCAUUAUUCAUGAUAUCCCAAUAACUUCAAUAGUUGUUCUCCUCGAACCACGCCUGCUCCCGACCCAGCCGCCAUCGCUCAAGCGCCAGGAGGUAGGCUGGGCCCCGAUC